UUUCCAGUUGGUAGGAAGUUCUUUUCACCCGAAGGAUUGCACAGAAGUGAGUAAUACGCGGACGCACAUACCAACAUCGUUGAGGAGAGGCCCGAAAGAUAUUCACAACCUGCGAAUCAGAACACCAAACUCACACUUUCAUCAGUAUCUCAUGUACGAGACAUCUAGCGGUAAGAGUUUGCAUCAUCGCAUUAACCAUGCCAUCUCAUGAUAUAAUAUGCAAUUAGAUAAAACAGCUGGUACUUUGAAGAGAGUCUGUUGAAGGUCUUGAAAAAGUAUUCAUUUCAAAUUUAUUAAUUGCUGACAUUACACACACACACACAUCAUUCUGACAUGGAGUCCGUCAUAAAGAUCUCAAGUGAAAGUAGACAUCGAAGUACUGAAAUCGAUGAAUUUGUUGAACUUCCCAUUGAGAUUAUAAUAUACAUUCUGGAGUUCCUGCCUUUGUCAGACAGAAUAAAUGCCUCGCAAGUGUGCCAUUUGUGGCAUAAUGCAUCAAAAUACCACAAACUGCAUAGUAAUGAAGUAGUGGUAUUGCAAGAUGACCUCACUAGACCACUACAAGUCUUCGAAAAUAGUCUUGGAACAUUUCCGCAUUUUGUGUUCAAAAACGUAAAACUAGGAGAAAUAUUAACUGAAUUUUGGGAUAGAUUCUGUCCACAAAUGCAGUCUCUUUCCAUAGAUAGUUGUGAUAUAUCAGAAAAGACCUUUGUAGAUAUUUUAUUAAAGUGCUCACAUUUAGAAACUCUCAAUGUGAGUGGGUGUUAUAAACUUUUAAAGACAGGAAGGGUUCUGGAGCAAAAAGCUGAUGUUAAUCUGCUUAGUAACACUCUUGUCAAACUUAGAGAGCUAAGACUUGAUUUAAGUUUAGAUUUGUCAGAUGCCCUUUUCAAUAGAUUUAUGGAAAUUACUUCCAAUUUGGAAGAUCUGUCAUUGACAAGAUGUCUGAUCUGUUUCGAUUUUGAGCUGUGUAAGGAAUAUUACCCUGGUAACAUGUUAGACUCUGGCCACACAAUGGCAUCAGAUAGUGUUCUGACAUACGUUAAUAUAUUACAACACAUUGUGUCAAAAGCACGGAAGAUUAGCAAGUUGAGGUUUGGUUUCACGGACAUUGAUGAUGCAGCAUUGUCACAACUAGCAGAAGUACCAGAACUACAUCUUGAAAGACUACAUCUUCAGUCUUGCCAACAGCUGAACAAUGCAGGCAUACUCAGACUCACAGAGUACCAACAGAGUCUAACUGAAUUAGAUUUAAGUCAAUGUUCAGGCAUUGGUGAUCCUUCUCUCAUAGCUAUCUGUCACAACCUAAAGAACCUUUUGGUGCUCAAUAUAGAGGAAUGCUAUGCCACAACAAACAAAGGCAUAUCAGAACUCUGUCAU